AUUGAUUUGGUCCGCGUUUUCUUAGAAAAUACCAAAUUUCGUGGAAGAAAAAAUAAAACAUGUUAGGACCUAUACUUAACGCGAUGACGGAAAAAGCACGGAAAUUGCCUUUCAUUUUGGGAAAGUUGAAGAUGGUGCAUAGUAUCUCCUAGUAGAUUUUUACAUCCAAUUUACGUCCAUAAUGGCGAGUGCCAGUGGGAAAACGAGUUUAUCACAUUCCCUUCUCAGCUCUCAGAUUGAAGAAAAAUUUUCGGCGAAUCAACAAACACAGAAAAUUUACGACCAGAAAGAUACAUGGCGGCAGGAAAUGGAACUUAUCAUCCAAGAGCUGUACCCCAGCUGUUGCCUUGUGAUGUGUGGUUCGUCUGCGAACGGAUUUGGAACCAUCGAUAGCGACAUUGAUUUGACUCUAAUGCUGGGCAUCGAAGGCAGAACUGCCGUCACCAGUGAAACGUAUACGCUCAGGAGAAUCGAAUCGCUUUUCAGUCGCAAGCCUCGCCGCUUUGAAACAGAGGUAUCAGUGUUUGUUAUUCCAAUUGAUAAUUUAAUUUGGUAUCUCUUUUAGCUUGAGUUAAUUACCACGCAUAAAUAUCCGCAUCGCCUGUUUGUUUUUUAUAUAUCACGUUCUGGUAUAAUCCAGAAAUACUCGUUCAUGGAGGCUGUUUGGAUCGAACGAUAUUUGGGCGGAAGAUUGAAAGAUCUCCUGGUGAUCCAAUUAGAAAAAAGAAGCAGUCUGAACCAGCUGCCCCUGUUAGUAUAUAGUAAACAAAAUGCAAUAUACAAUUUUUGCCUUGGUAGGGGGGGAAGAGAAGGUAAAAGUGCGUUGAAAGAACGAGAAAGUGUAAUUCUGCAUAAUUGAACAUGGCACAUCUAUAAAACGGCCAUAGAACUAAGGCGUAGUUAACAGAGAGUAAUUGUAACUACUUUCAGGUUGUUUCAAAUGCCAAAGUCCCCAUAGUUAUCCUCAAGGAUAAAGAGAACUCGUUUGAAACGGACAUCACUUUGGAGAAUUCGAGCAGCUUGACGAACGCCUUCCUAUUAAAAUGCUACUCUGAGUGUGACUUAAGAGUGAAGCCGUUGACAAUUGUGAUCAAACUAUGGGCGAAAAGGGCUCAAAUUAUCGGAGCCAAGUUUAAGAGGCUUCCAGGUAAUGUAUCUAGAAGCAUUUAACAUUGUUGAAGGUCGGAAGAGAAGGAUGAGAAGACUGUAAGCGAAGGGGGUAUUGUGUUGUAUCUUGGAGUAAUUCAAACUAUACUCUAACACUACCCGCGACUCCUGACAAGAACUUGAAUUAACCUUUAUCGCGAAAACUUGGAGACUUUUUAAUUUUUGUUUGUUUUUUAUAAGGACAGUAGUUGGGACUUAUAACCUGAUUGAUACAAGUUUAUUAGCAUUGGGGGCCUAUGUGUGAGGAGACAUGUGGACUCAGUUAAGAUCUCUCGUAUAAACCUGUGACGCUUCUGGGAUUCCCCCGCUUCGAAUGUGUAGUUAUGCUUACUGCAUGUAACUGUGAUGCUUUAAUAAAUUUAGCUGCUUGCCACUUUCCAUCAUGUCUAGGUUUUGCUAUCGUUCUCAUGGUCAUCCACUUCCUACAAGCUGGUUGUUCUCCCCCAGUCCUGCCUGUACUGCAUAAAGACUUCCCAGAACUUAUCAAAGACACGUCAAAAAACGAAGUAAUUUACCAACUAACCGAUGAAAUUCCACUUCAAAUCCAGACGUACAAGUCAAAAAACGAGGAAAGUCUUGGAGAAUUGUUAAUCGCGUUUUUCCGGUAUUAUUCUGCUUUCCAGUGGGCAGAAACCAUUUCUGUUCGUACGGGAAACACGGAACCCACCAAAAUGCAUUCUAAGGUUUGGCGGGGACCUAAAAUCAGAAUUGAGGAUCCCACGGACGGAGGAAAUGUAACCAGAGCCGUGUUUGACGAGUAUGAAGCCAGGCGCAUUAAACAGUCUUUCAAGACUGCGUCAAACAAUUUGAAUAGGAAUUCGUCUUUGGAAAGUAUUCUUUGA